GGACUGAAAAAUAUUGGAAACACUUGUUUCAUGAACUCAACCUUACAAUGUCUGUGCUCAAUUCAGCCAAUAAGAGAUUAUUUUUUAUCUCAAUUCAAAAUUAAUCCAAAGAAGGAAGGUAAUUUGGCUACACAGUUUUCUGCCCUUCUUCGUUCUCUAACCUCAGUAGAUGAUCUUUACACCCCUGUCAAUCCAAUUGAUUUCAAAAGAACUCUUAAUCAAUACACUUCCCUUUUCAGAGGAAAUGAUCAACAAGACUCUCAAGAGUUUUUAAGAUAUGUACUAGAUGGAUUGAGUGAAGAUACAAACAGAAUUGUUGAAAAACCAAAAUAUGAAGAGCUUGAAGAUAUAGCAAACGAGAACAUUAUUGACCAGUCUAACAGAUGGUUUCGAAAUUACAUUGAGAGAAGCAGUAGUUUUGUUACUGAUUUAUUUCUUGGACAACUCAAAUCUGAAAUUAAGUGUUUGGUGUGUGGAAGGCAAUCAGUAACGUUUGAUCCAUUCCUUGAUAUUUGCCUUCCCAUCAAUUUGAAAAGAGGGAGAAAGUCCUAUAUUUCAUAUGACAGAGAUGUUUCAUUGGAGGAGUGUUUGUUAAAGUUUACGGAAGAAGAGUGUUUGGGCGGAAUUGAACAAGUUUACUGUAGUUCGUGUAAAAAACAUCAGGACACUUCCAAAGUAUUGUCUUUCUUUAGAGUUCCUGAAGUCUUAGUAAUACAAUUGAAACGAUUUUCCAAUGACCAAAAGUUGUUGGAUCAAGUUAAUCUUUGUGAAUUAUUAGAAUUCAAUAAUUACGUAGCACCAGAAGCUGCCGAUAAGAUUUACAACAAUCAACCAAUAACAUAUCAACUAAUGGGAGUGAUUAAACAUUUUGGAAGUUUACGAGGAGGGCACUACAUUUGCCAAGUGAGGAAUGCAGAAGGACAAUGGAUAGAAUAUAACGAUAGUGCUGUAAAGAAUGUA